AUGGCAAUGAGGGGAAGUAAUGAAGGCGGUGGUGGUGGAGGUGGCAAUGAUGGGUUGACUAGGGAUUUCUUACGUCUUAGAACAAUCUCUCAUAGGGGGUUUCCAAACAUGGCUGGGCUUGAUCAUAUGAUAGUAGUUAUGACUAAUAUGGGUCCAAACCCACCCUCAUGUAAGAAGAAAAAGAAUUGUGGCCAUGCCAAAGCAAAUCUUGUUUCAGAGAAGCACACAAAAUUGGGUUACGGCUGUAUGGGGCUUACUAGUAUGUACAAUUCUCUCGUCCCUAAAGAAGAUGGCAUUGCAAUAAUCAAGUAUGCAUUCAGCAAAGGAAUCACUUUCAUUGAUACAUUAGAUAUUUAUGAGGCUGACAACGCUAAUGAAAUAUUAGUGGGAAAGCAAUCACAUCCUAGGUUUACCAGGCAGAAUUUAGAGCACAACAGGAUAUUUUAUCUUCGAAUAAAAGAGUUGGCUAAGAAGCAUAGUUGCACCCCUGUUCAACUCGCACUUGCAUGGAUUCUUCAUCAAAGGGAUGAUAUGGUACCUAUACCUGGAACAACUAAGAUUAAAAACCUUGAUGAGAACAUUGGUGCCGUGAGAGUGAAGCUUACAGAAGAUGAUUUAAAAGAGAUUUCUGAUGCAGUGUCGAUGUUUGAUGUAGCAGGGCCUAGAAUGUUUGAAAAAGAUCAUCACU